UGAAGGCAUCCUGGGAUGAGUUUUAUACAGACUGUUCCCUCCGCACUCAGGAGUGUGGAAGCAUCCCAGCUCCAGAGUCGAGCGAACUCAAAAACCAGCCCGACCAGCAGCAAGAGACUCAAAACACAGACGAAAAUGAUGAUGAUGCAGUCGGGCCUGGGUGACGUGACGAAGCAGAGGAUGUUACAGGCGCAAGCCCUAGCUAAUGAAGCCAGAGGAGGCCUGAACCUGGGGAAAAAGAUCAGCGUUCCAAAAGACGUGAUGAUGGAGGAGCUCAACCUUCCCUCUAAUCGCGGCUCUCGCAUGUUUCAGGAGAGACAGAAGAGAGCAGAUAAGUUCACUCUGGAGAAUGUCACCUCUGGACCUCAUUACACCAACGUUCACCUCGAGGCCAGUCCUCCCCAGCAGACAUUGGCGCAGCCGCAGGGAGGAAAAGAAAACCAAGCUGCCUCCAUCCCCGGUAAGCACAGCCUGGUCAUGAACCUUCAGAAGACUGUAGCAAAGAAGGGCAGCCCCGGUGUCCUGGCUCCAGGUUAUUCUGGACCUUUGAAGGAAAUUCCCCAUGAGAAGUUUAAUACAACAGUAAUCCCCAAAUCUUACUGCUCCCCGUGGAGGGAAGCUUUGGGAGGCAACGAGGAGCUUUUGAGUCUCCUAAACACACAGCUGCCACAGCCCCCACAAAGACUACAGCCUGCCAACUACAGGUGUUUUAACAGGUCUCCGAUGCCGUUUGGGGGCUCUAUGGCGAGUAGGAGAGUGAUCCCGGUCAUUAACUUUGAGGCGGUCGAGUCCCAGAACCUUCCCAGCGUCCCUGUGGACCGCAUGUGUCGACGGCCUAACUUCAACAGAGCUCCCAGGGGAUGGGGAGGGAACUACAGCCCGGAAUCAAAUGAAUUAUGAAGACGAGUCGAUAGGCUAUAGACUCAAGCCCCGCCCUCUCUUCAUUCAGAGUUCAUACCUGUUUUUUCCUUGUAGGAGAACAAAUAAGAAUAAUGACAAUACCAAUCUUCUGCACAUUGACUGCAUCUGAGAACUGGACUGAAAGGCCCCUCCCACCUGGCGUUACAAACAGGAAGUACCUGGUGAUUCUGAUAAGCCAAGAUAGACUUCAAUUGAGAAAUAAACAUCUAUUACCCAUGACAUUUCUGUAUCUUCAUGACAUUUUUUUUUAUCGCAAGUUUUUCGUUUUUCAAUUUAGAAAUUGGCCAAUCAUGAUGCAUGAAAGUAUGUGCUUCCUAUUGGCUCCCACCUUGAACUUUUGAAACUGGUUGACACAUUCUUCCGAGUCUGUUUUCGGUUUAAGGGCUUUGGACUUCCAGCAAGCUCACUCCUGAUUGGGGCAAGUGGUUGCCAUAGAAACAGUGACUCAUCCCGACUGGGAUCAGUCAUGUCGGCUGUCUCCAACAUAGUGACAUCCGUGAGAAAAUGGCGGCUGAAUUGACUGAUUGGAGACAGAAGUGAGCCAUUUUCUAUGAGUGAUGUCACACUCGCUCUGUGCAGUUCUCUUAUACAGUCAAUAUUUUAAGGACUGGUCUGUAUUUUUAUCAACACAAACGGACUUAAAUUUACAUCAAAGAGGAAAAAAUGAGGGGUCUGAUGAAAAUAGUUCUCUGUGCAUAAAUGAAUGAUUAAACAAAAGCAACAAUGUAAA